AUGGGAGAUUUGGAGAAACAAGAGAGAAAGGUAGAAGAGGAAGAGAAAUUGCUGGAAAACGUUGCAGUUUUGGAUUUUGAUGUAUUGUGUUCCUCUGUGGCUUUGAAAGCUUCUCAAGGAAAAUGGGGGAAUCUAGGAACCAUGGAGGAAGAAGAAGAAGAGAAUGGGGUUUUUGGUGGGGUUUUGAGGAUGUGGGAAGGUGAACUUUUUGAUUGCUUUGAUCAUCGUCGCAUUGCUAUUGAAUCCACCUUUUGUCCUUGCUAUCGAUUUGGGAAGAACAUGAAGAGAGCUGGUUUUGGUUCCUGUUACAUUCAGACGGCAAUUUACGUGAUUCUUGCAAUGGGUGCUUUUGUGAACUUCAUUGCCUAUGCUGUCACGAGACAUCGCUGCUUUCUCUAUAUUUUCAUUUUUUUCAUUAUUUUUGUUGGUGCAUAUUUAGGAUUCUUCCGCACACUUAUGAGAAAGAAAUUCAACAUCAAGGAUAGCGAAAGUUCCUUGGAUGAUUGUGCUUACCAUUUUGCAUGUCCUUGUUGUACAUUAUCUCAGGAGUCUAGAACAUUGGAGAUGAACAAUGUACAAGAUGGUACUUGGCAUGGCAGAGGUGACACAAAGUGCAUAGGUAGUUUUGGUGAAAAAAGUAAAACAUACCUUGAGUUACUUCCUCCUCCUCUUGUCUCAAUCAAAUCAUAG